AGAGAGAGAGAGAGAGAGAGAGACUGACUGACUGACUGAGAUUUAUCUUAAAAUCUUAGCGUUAGUAGACGAGCGUUUAAAAGAGACUUUCUUAAUAAAACUUUACUCGGUGUAAUUUUAUCUCUUCCUGGUGUGAAACAUGAAACGAAACCGAAACUCACGGAGUAAACAGAGGGAGGAGAGUGAACACAGUGGAGAGUGAACACAGUAAACAGAGUGAGGAGAGUGAACAGAGUGGAGAGUGAACACAGUAAACAGAGUGAGGAGAGUGAACAGAGUGGAGAGUGAACAGCAGCUCGUCCAGCGCCGCUUAUCUGCAGUAGGAGCCCAGCUGAGCACUGGAGCCUCAGUGAGAGAGAAAUGGGGGACGAGAACACGUCUGAAGCAAAUGUUUCCUUGGGUUCUGAAGAUGAGGAUGGAAAUAGUUCACUUACAAAACAUGACACCCUUCAAAGGGUUGACAGUGUUGAUGUGGUCACUCAGGAUGAGCGAGCCAGUUCUCCUGAACCCAGCUGUAUAUCCAUGAAGAGCGACUGGUCCAUGGAUCCUCCAAUCACACUCCAGGAUGGAGGUGUUACUCCCAAGCAAAGUGAAAACAAGAUAGACUCAGACGCCCCUAUGCCCAGCUGUGUGUCCUUAAAAAGUGACCAUUCAAUGGAUCCACCAAUUACAAUAAAAGAUAGAAUCUCUCGCAGUGAGCAGAGGGUCCGCCAAGGGAGAAUAAGCUCAUCUGUCCCUAGCUGUGUGUCUAUGAUGAGUGACCAGUCAAUGGAUCCACCAACCACAUUUAAAGAGGGAGUCGGGUCCACAGAACAGAGUGUCCGGCAAAGGAGAGCGAGUUCACCCACUUCCAGCCAUCUGUCCAUGAAGCAUGACCGUUCAAUGGAUGCACCAAGCUCUUUCAAGGCAGAUUUUCUUGCUGACCAAAGAGACCAGCUAGCGAGAUCAGGCACAGAGUCUGACUUGUAUCUCUCUGCCACAUUAAGGCUUUUCGAGGAGCGGUUUAUUGGUUUUGUGAAGGAGGAGAUAAAGAAAAUCAGUCGGAUUCUGAGCCCAGAUUACACAGGAGGCAUGGAGAUUUCAGAAGAAGAUGAGGAUGGCAGAGAUGCCAGAGAAGCAUCUCUAAAGAUCGCCAUGCACAUUUUAAAGGGCAUGAAGGAGACGGACCUUGUAGAAAAACUAGUCAAACUUGAACGUGUAUUCUCACAGCAAAAGAGCUUAAAGCAUAGCCUGAAGAGCAAGACCGAGCGGAUAUUUGAAGGAAUCGCCAAGCAGGGAAAUCCAGCCCAUCUCGACAAAAUCUACACAGAACUCUACAUCACCGAAGGCGGAAGCGGAACACUCAACAGCGAUCAUGAAGUGAGACAGAUGGAAGCGUCCUAUAGGGGUUCAGUGGUGCAAGAGACACAGAUCAAUUUGGACGACAUCUUUAAACCUUUACCAGGGCAGGAAAAAACUAUUAGAACAGUGCUGACCAGAGGUAUAGCUGGCAUCGGAAAAACGGUCUCUGUGCAGAAGUUCAUCCUGGACUGGGCUGAGGGAAGAGCCAAUCAAGAUAUCCAUUUUAUGUUCCCAUUGCCCUUCCGAGAGCUGAAUCUGAUGAUUGAGAAACAGUUCAGCUUAGAGGAGCUUCUCCACAGGUUUUUUAAAGAAAUGAAAGAUUUAGGACUCUCCGUACUCGAAGAAUACAAAGUCGUUUUUGUCUUUGAUGGCCUGGACGAAUGUCGCUUGCCAUUAAAUUUCAAGAGCAACGAGAUGUGUUCGGACUUAACUAAGCCAAUGUCACUGGAUGUUCUUUUGACAAACCUCAUCAUGGGGAACCUGCUGCCAUCUGCUCUCCUCUGGAUUACUUCCCGACCUGCAGCUGCUAACCAGUUGCCUGCCAGGUGUGUUGACCAAGUAACAGAGGUGAGAGGGUUCAACGACCGAGAAAAGGAGGAGUACUUCUACAAAAAGAUUAGUGAUGAGAGUGUGGCCAGCAGAAUCGUCCAACACGUGAGGUCUUCCCGGAGCCUCCAUAUCAUGUGCCACAUACCUGUCUUUUGUUGGAUCUCGGCCACCGUGCUUGAGAGAUUGUUACGUGAAGCCAAGAGCCGACGGGUGCCCAAGUCUCUGACCGAAAUGUACACGCAUUUCUUGAUUUUCCAGACGGUGCAAAGGAACGAAAAGUACACGGAAGGUAAUGACAUGGAUCCUUGCUUGACGAAGGAAAACAUUUGUUCACUAGGAAAGCUGGCCUUUCAGCAGCUAUGCAAAGGAAACUUGAUCUUUUAUGAAAAAGACCUGAGGGAAUGUGGCAUCGAUGUCAAAGAUGCGUCGGUCUACUCUGGAGUGUGCACACAAAUCUUCAGAGAGGAACUGUACCAAAGUAAGGUCUUCUGCUUCGUGCACUUAAGCUUCCAGGAGUAUCUCGCAGCCUUAUUUGUAUACUUAAGCUGGGUUAGCUUCAAAGACCAGUCUCAAGAGCCAGAUGCUAACUUUCAAGAGCUUUGUUUAAACUCAACACUUUUUGACCUGCAUAAGAGUGCAGUGGACCUGGCUUUGUGCUCAAAGAAUGGCCACUUAGAUCUUUUCCUCCAGUUCCUCCUUGGCCUGUCCCUGGAAUCCAGUCAGAAUCUUCUGCAUGAUCUGCUGACGCAGGAAGUGAGUGCUGAAGAGAGCCACCAGGAAACAGUCCAGUACAUAAAGUUGAAGCUUGGUGAGAACCUCAGGCCCGAGAAGUCCAUCAAUCUGUUCCAUUGCCUGCACGAGCUUAACGACCAUUCCCUCGUGAAGGAAAUCCAAAGUUAUCUAAGCUCAAGGAAUCUCUCCUCAGAGAACCUUUCACCUGCGCAGUGGUCAGCUCUGGUCUUUGUGUUGCUGACCAGUGAUGAGAGGAUGGAAGUGUUUGACUUGGGGAAAUAUGUCCAAUCGGACGAGGGAUAUAAGAGGCUGAAGCCUGUAGCCAAAGCAUCCAGGACUGUCAUAUUGUCCUCAUGUAACCUUACAAAGGCAAUCUGUCAUUCACUGGGAGCUGUUCUUGCUUCAAACUCUUGUGCUACUAGAGUACUGGAUCUAAGUUAUAAUGACCUGCAGGACAAAGGAGUGAAGCAACUCUGCAGUGGCCUGAAAAAUCCACUCUGUCUGCUGGAGACACUGAAACUUCAGUUCUGUGGAAUCAGAAGAGAUGGCUGCUCAGCCCUCGUUUCUGCUCUAAAAUCAAACCCUUCGCACCUGAGAGAGCUGGACCUGAGCUACAAUCCUACUGGAAACGACGCACUUACUGAGCUUUUAGCGUUUCUGCCUGACUGUAGGCUCGAGACACUGAGGAUCUCAGGUUGCAGUAUGACAAAGGAAGGCUGUGUUUUUCUGGAAUCGGCUAUAAACGCCAAACCAUGCCACCUUAGAAAUCUGGACCUGAGUGUCAACAGAAUAGGGGACUUAGGAGCAGGAGUCUUCUCUGCAUUACUGAGCAAUGACAACUGUAAAAUUGAAUACCUGAGGCUAGAAAAAUGUAACAUAACUUGGAAAAGCUGUAAAAUUCUGGAAGGUGCAUCCACCUCAGUGUCCUGCUGUCUCAAAGAACUUGACCUGAGUGACAAUGACCUGCAGGACACAGGAGUGAAACUACUCGCUUAUGACCUGAAGAAGUGCAAGCUACAGAAAUUAAGGCUGUCUAAUUGCAGAUUCACUGAGAAAGGUUUCUCAGCAUUAGCUUCAGCUCUAAAAUCAAGCCCCACCUGCCUGAAAGAGCUGGAUGUGAGUGUGAACUUUCCUAGCAGCAAGGGAAUGAGGGAGCUGCUUUCAGCACUGCAGCAGCAGACCUGUGCCCUUCAAACACUGUGCGUGGACACUUGCAGCCUUGACUCAGAAAUAUGCACCUCCUUCUCCACAACUCUCACCCAGAACUCAAGUCUGAGAGAACUGAGUCUGAGUAGUAAUAAUAUCGGAGAUGAAGGAGUAAGGUCACUCUUCAUUGGACUACAAAGUGGACUUUCACCCCUGAAGAUUUUGAGGCUCUCUGACUGUUCCCUCACAGAGAGCAGUUGUGAAAUCUUGGCCUCCACUCUGAGUUCAAACACCACUGGCCUGACAGAACUGGACCUGAGCAGAAACCACCUCGGCCAAAACGGAGCCGUCUUUCUCUGCUCAAUAUCGACCGUAAAUCUCAUACUGUGAGAACGGUCACGAACCCAGAGCUCCUAGUCUCAAGUGCUGGGGAGUUUAGUGUUCUGCACAUGUAAUAUCACUUACCACAAAACAUUCAUCAUCAUUCUCUGCUGUUUAAAGCAAUGCUCCAGUGUUUUUCACCCUAAAAACUUUUCACAGUACCCAGAAAAAAAACAGUUUCUGCCUAUUUUACAGAAGGUCCCUCAAUGUGCAUUUGUUUCCUCAGUAACACUGAGGGAAUAUUUUGAUGAAAAUGUGACCACAAGACCAGAAAUGAACUAAUUUUUCUGUGUUUUUACUGUGUUUAAACACUACUCUUUAUAUGACAGUUGUACACGAUUUUUUGUUACAUACAUAAUUUUCCGUUUUAUCUCGGCGCGGCCAUCUUUGUGUAGAGGUGUGAAUUGUUUUCACAGCAGGGGGAUCUUACUCCUCCCCUUUCACUCCUCAUUGCUCACUAGCAGCUCAACACAGAGUCACAUUUCAUACACAAAGAGCUAACAAUGUCAAAAUGAAUCUGAUAACAGAGUGACGGGGAAGAAUAUAUUUUUAUUUGAUAUAUAAAUCAAAAUACCGACUCGAUUUUGGUUAAACUGGCAGAAUGACCACAAGGAGGCCUGCAGAAAGAGGCUAGUAUCUGUCUGCUGCAUCUGUGUUAUAUAUAUCAGUUACCAUGUACAAUAAUUUCUUUUACAUAGAAAAAGAACCAAAACUCAAUGACUGAGAAUAGAAGCUUUUUGGCCAGUUUAUGCAGAACUGUUUGUGAAUCCCUCAGUCAAAGAUUUGUAAAUUUGUAAAUAUGCAUUCUCUUUCAGAGAAUGGACUGAUCUUUUUUCAGGGAGAGGAUCAUUUUUUACCAUUGUAGUGGAGAUGGUGGAGUUUUCACAGGUUCCUGAUUGAUGGUGCAACUUUAUAAGGAACCAAAAGUUACUGGAACUGCUUUUUACUGUAUUGUUCCAGUGAAUCAAAGAUAACACUUCACAAGAACAGCUUUGGUAAGACAUUCUUUCAUGUCUACCUCAUCCUGAAACCUGUAUUGUUACAGUGUAAUGUUUGUAGUUCAUAUAGUUACCAAGUACAAGCAUUCCUUUACAGAAUACAGCAAACCAACGGCUCCUCUUAAAGGAACACGCAUACCUACUCGCCUCUUAGACUAGGAAGACUAGGAAAACCCCCUUCCGAUGAUGUAUCUUGAAGGUGGGAGAUAAAACAAUAGCUGUUUUAUGGUGGGUUUUCAGUGGGUGGGCUACUUGAUUUUUUUCUUUUUUUUUCUGCUAGCUGGCCAUUGCAGAAGGAAGCCAGGUAGCUAACAUUAAUGCUGAGAAGUUACGUAUCUUAUUGCAGUUGUAUAAUUGUAAUAACUGUCUUUACAUUACAAUAAGGAUCAAAAGACAAUAAUUACUUUUUAGAUACGUCCACAAGCUCACAGCUAAGGUUAUCAAGGUUGCUGGCUAUCUGGACACUUUACCUGAAUUUGGCUACUUUUCUCUGGCUAAAAGGCUUAAAAAUUGUCUCUGGUGUUCAUUUUCUUUCUGAAUAAUGGCAGAAUUGGUGGUUGUAUUAUUAGCCUAUAGCUCAGUGGCUAGGCUAGCAGUCAGGAUUGGUUGACACCACAGGGAUUGCCAAAUACUCUGUUGUAUUUCCAUAAGGCAUGUUGGGUAAUAUAGUGAGAGAACAUUGAUGAACAGAAACAUGAAAACCAGUGAGGCUGAGGGAUACAAUGCUGUGCUACAGAAUAUUACCUAACAACAAAUAGCAUAUUAAAAAUGAAGUUUUAAGCCGGAACCCUUUAAUUGAGUUUUCCGUUCUAAAUUUCGGGAAUCACGUUAAAAUGAUCAUUUGCGGUAAUCAGUGGUAAAACAUAGAUGGAGGAGGUGGAGAUCAGGUUGAAAACGCUGGAGUCGUCUGUUAAUCCAAACCUGUCAUGAGCUGCCUGUUUUGAGCAGAAUUCCCAAGACUGGGACCAGAAACCACUGCGGUGAUCUAUCUUCAGUCAGAGCUGUCAAGACUGUCUUCUGUUGUGUAGUUAGUUAUGUAAUGUUGAUAUCUGUUGAUAUUACUGUUAGAAUUCCCAGACAUGUGAGUUUACGUGACGGACUGUCAGAAGAUGUUAACGGCUGUCAGACGACUGUCAGUGGGAGAUAACUGUGGAAAGCAUCUAGGGAAUUUCACGUUACAUAUAGCCAAGAAGCAUUAUGGUUACUAUCCCCUGUGAGCGUUCAUGCUGCUAGCUGUAAAAAUGUAUAAAAGAGAUAAUGAAGAUACAAGUGUAGAUUCUAAAUCGAAUGUUUUUUAAGGAUAAUGUGGAAAAAAUUGUUGUUGAUUUAUAUAGUAACAAAAUGCCGCCCCACUACAGGCAUGCAAAUUUUUAUUUUUUAUAUAAAAACUGUGUGUGUGUGUGUGUGUGUGUGUAUAUAUAUAUAUAUAUAUAUAUAUAUAUAUAUAUAUAUGAGAGAGAGAGAGAGAGACAGAGACACAGACACCUAAGCAACUUAUUAAAAAUCAGUUAUCUCAGCAGUAAGUGUGUUUUUACUUGUAAAAUUACCAUACAUCAUUAUAACAGAUGCAGAUAGUAAAAAUCUUGAUAUCAUGGGAGAAAUAAGUCUGGUUCUAAAUUUCUCCCAGGUACCCCAGCCAUUCCCUCGAAAUUCCCUGACCAGCAAGUAUUGUUGUAUUUACUCUAAUAUUAAUGUUUUUCAGAGCAAAGAAAUGUUUAAUGCCCAGAUAAAUGACUUACUCUGAUUUUUAGGUGCCUAAAACCUGUGUAUAGUACUGUAAAUAUAUAAUGUCUCUGUCGGGACAAAACGUUGUAUCUCCUUUUCUGGCCUUUUCUGACAAAAUUUGAAAAGCUGACCUUCAUUUCUGCAUUAACGUCCAUUAAGUUUAGAAAGUUUUUUCUUUCUCCUGUAAUGUUACCAUUUUGGAGAUGUGAGGUUUUGUGUCAGUGUCAUUGAUUAAGUACACCUCCUUGUUUCUACGCUCA